CCUACCUCCUUCCUUCCACAUUUCCCAACCACAGUUCUUGAUCAUCUCUAUCCAGACUCCCUUCUGUCUGCUGAUAACUUUCAUUUAGAAUUUUAGCCUCCAUAGAGACCCCAAAUAUCCCUGCGCAAGAUGACUGAACCAGCGCGCCAACAGUAUGGUGUUACACCACCGAUAUCCGUUGCGACACCUACCGACAAGGAAGUUGAGCGCAAUCAAGCUCUUAUCGAAGAGUUGAAAAAGCAGGGGAGCUUUGAGGGAGCAGAAGAGAGUCAGAAGCGUGUCCUGGUUUUGAAUACUCUACAGAAUCUUACCGAGGGCUUUGUGAAAAAAGUUUGUGCCAACAAGGGCAUGCCCGAACAUAUCAUUAAAAAUUCAGGGGGGAAGAUCUUCACUUAUGGGAGCUACCGUCUGGGUGUAUACGCGCCAGGUUCUGAUAUCGAUACUCUCCUUGUUACUCCGGCGCAUAUUACCCGGCAUGACUUCUUUGCAACCCUCCCUGCUAUGCUUCAGGAAUUGGUUCCCCCGCCGGAAGAUCUUUCAAUGGUUCCUGAUGCCUUCGUCCCGAUUAUAAAGUUCAAAUUACAAUCUAUCUCCAUUGAUUUAAUCUUUGCGAGACUUGCCAACGUAAACUCGGUUCCGAAGGAUAUGGCACUCAGUGACAAGGAGCUGCUAAGAGGGUGUGACGAAGUUAAUCUUCGUUGUUUAAAUGGCACCCGGGUUACUGAUGAAAUAUUAACUCUUGUUCCCAAACCUGGUGUCUUUAGGAUGGCAUUGAGGGGGAUAAAGCUCUGGGCACAACGGCGCGCUAUUUAUGCCAACGUUAUGGGAUUCCCCGGUGGUGUGGCGUGGGCUAUGCUUGUUGCUAGGAUCUGCCAACUUUACCCUAUGGCCGUUAGCGCAGUUGUCAUAAGCAAGUUCUUCAAGAUUUUGGCUCAUUGGACUUGGCCUCAACCAGUCCUUUUGAAAGGUAUUGAAGAUGGUCCAUUGAGUGUUCGGGUCUGGAACCCUAAGAUAUAUCCUUCUGAUCGUGGACACCUAAUGCCCAUCAUUACCCCAGCGUAUCCAAGUAUGUGCGCUACUCACAACAUAACCAAAUCUACCAAAUCAAUCAUUAUUCGAGAAAUGAAACAUGCUGCUGAAAUAAUGGACGGUAUUAUGGUCGGCAACUUGAGCUGGGAUAAGCUUUUUGAGCGCCAUUCAUUCUUUACAAAUGGCUAUCGGUACUACUUGAGUGUAGUCGCUGCUGCUAAAGACAAAGAUACGUUACUUGGAUGGUCUGGCCUUGUGGAGUCUAAGCUUCGUCACUUAGUCAUGAAGCUCGAGAUACUUGAAACCAUCAAACUUGCACACCCUUUCAACAAAGGAUUUGAUAACGUUCACUUUUGUGAGACUGAGGAGGAAGCUAUCCGCAUUGCUAACGGUGAAAUAAAAGCUAUUGAUAACCAAGUGGGUGUGAAGACAGUAGUCACAGAUCUCAAAGCAGAGCAGAAUGGAGAUGUUGAGAAGAAAGAAGACGAAUCCAAGUUUAAAGUUUACACCACAACUUAUUAUGUUGGGUUGGAGAUUAACACCGAAAUUUCGAAGCACAUCGACAUAUCCUGGGCGAGCCAGGAGUUCUUCGAAACUUGUAAAACCUGGCCGUCCUAUAACGAGGAUGAACACACUAUUCAUAUCAAUCUCGCGCGCAAUUUUGAACUUCCGGAUAAUGUUUUCCAACCUGGUGAGACUAAGCCAGUAAAAAAAACCAAAAAGAAGAUCAUCAAGAGGAAGGCUGGCACCGCAAAUGGCGGAUCGGCCACAAAAAAGAGAUCAGCGGAUGAGGCUUCGAUCAACGAUGACACUAAACGUGCAAGGCAGACUUCGGUCCACCAGCAACAACCUGCACAGGCGUAGUCCCUUCGGGGGCAUUCAGAGUGGGGCUAUCAUGCGAUAGGUAUCGAUCCCCGAACAAAAGCGUGUCCUCUUUCUUUUUUCGUCUUUCAUCCCCCCCUUUUUUUUCACCUGGAUAUCAAUUGGGAUCUGUCGCCCCAGCCCAUGGCUCCAUUCGACUUCUGCUGGCGUUCACGUGUUGGAAUUUUGUUUCGUGAUCAACGCACUCGAGUACUCAUUCAUGAUCGUUGGCCUACUUCCCCUUGCUACUUUCAAAAGCCACUAACAAAAUCACAACCUCCAUCACGAAACCAAGCAACAUUUUUUUGAUGGGAUACCCUGUCUAAUCGGGUUGUUUUUUCUUCCCCUCCUCUACUCAUCAUAGUGGAUUAAGCUAUGCAUACCAUAUAUUGUUCUCGGGCAGCUGCUCAACAUUAAGGACCAACAGCAUCCAUCUUUUCAUUCUGUGGAAUUCUGAAUUGGAAAUGGAUUGAUUAGUACGGGGACAAUAGGCAGCCACUAGAGGACUUAGCUGCGCAACUCAAGAUGCUCUCACGAUUGGUGGUCUAUAUAAGGCUGGGAUUUUUGCAACUUGGAUUUCGUUUCGUGUAAUACAUAGUCUGGCCUUCCGUUGUAUCGCAGCAACUAUUCUAGUGCCGUUGUUGUUCAUCCGCAGAGCUUUAAUUCCUUUUGUCAUUUGGCUCAUUUAGUAUACCGGUUGCUUGGGUGGUCUUUCCUUUGACAUUUUUUUCGCGAUUCUAAAAUAAAGCUUAGCAUUUGGGAUUGUAUAAUAUUA